GCUGCUAAACUGCUACAUGGGACAUCGGCAUCCUCACAAAAGUAGUUUUUUUCUGUAUAUUUUUUGCCUUUUACAAGCUCUUACCGGACAGGUAAGAAUGGUCUAAUGAGAACUCCUUUCGCCUCCUCAAUGAAACAGAGGUAGGAGGUUUGCAUCUCAACUGUGAUAGGACAUGUGGAGACAAUCUCCCAGGCAAAGUAUUAAAAUUCAUUAAAUAAUUCAGAAAAUGCAAGUGCAUGAGCCCGGCACUCUGAGGGGCUUAAUUUUCAGCCCCAAAAAUGUGCGAGAUAAGUCACAGCAAAAUGGGCUCUUUAUCCUUCAGUGAGCAGCAUUAUCAAAAUCAGCAUUUCACACUUCUUCACAGAUUCUUCAUUUUUAAUGCUACCUCCAAAUACAAACAAUGGAGCGUAGAUAAGAUUCAUUUGGAGAAAAAUCAGCUGCUUAACUUUUUUUUCUCUCCCUUUAAUGAGUUACAUGAAUAGCGAGUGAGUAGAAUUUCAAAGCAGAGUAAAAUCCUCAUCAGAUCGGCUUUGAAGAAGCCCCAAAAACUUUGCAUGCUUGUUUUUCCCUUUUAUUUCUUAUCAAAUAUAAGGGUGUGUGUCUUUAUCUAAGCAUGAUAAAGCUGUGAAGUAUUACAAAUUUAGCCAACCUUGUCUUCAAAGAUGAUAUUUAUGCUUUAUCUAUGACAGUCAAAGAAAUGUAGAUCAGAGCACAAAACACACAGGAACAUCUUCCUGUCUGCACUUCAUACUGUGUUCCAAGUCAGUAUGAGACAUGUUUUCUUUCCCCUUCCUCUCACCUCUUAUGUCGUGUUGUCUCCACAGCGCAGUGUGGCAGGAGGCGCUGAGUCAAUCUCAGAUCCAUCACUCAGGCCUGGACAUAGCAUGACAGACGGACAGGGCCAGGCGAUGAGUCUGGGUCAAUAUAAAUGUCUUGAGCUGUCCAACAAAGACCACCAAGAAAACAGAACUGGUACGUUCUGUGGGCGUAUGUGGGAUGGCUUUUUGUGCUGGGAUGAGACACCAGCUGGGAUGUCUGUAACACUAAACUGUCCAGAUCAUCCUGACCUGGACCCAACUGAAAAAGUGACCAAAUAUUGUGCGGAAUUGGGUAACUGGAUCGAGACUGGGUCCACUUGUCAGCACAAAUUAGAGAGGGAAGUCCCCCCUUUUUUAGGGGAUGCUGCUGGAGAGCCGACCACAGAGGCCACAGGGGAUAUUGAAGAAAAAGGUGAAGUUGUGGAAAAAAUGAUCCUUGAGAACGAAAAGAAAUGCUCAGAGAAAAUGAAGCAGGAUCCACCUUAUAACAAAUCAGGGCUGCACUGCAGUCGUGACUGGGAUGGCUGGCUGUGCUGGGACGACACUCCAGCAGGAACCUUCGCCUCCCAAAACUGCCCCAAUUAUUUUCAAGACUUUGACUCAGCAGAAAAGGUAACCAAGUACUGUGGAGAUGAUGGUCAGUGGUUUCACCAUCCAGAGUCCAAAAGGAUUUGGACCAACUAUACACUCUGUUCAACCAACCAUGAGAGGAGACUGAGGAAACUGAAAAUGAUUGAGAAUGAACACAAAUGCCUCCUGAAAAGAAAUCAAGACCCACCUUUUAACAAAUCAGGGCUGCACUGCAGUCGUAACUGGGACGGCUGGCUGUGUUGGGACGACACUCCAGCAGGAACCUUCGCCUCCCAAAACUGUCCAGAUUAUAUUUUUGACUUUGACUCCACAGAAAAGGCAACUAAGUACUGUGGAGAAGACGGCCAGUGGUUUCAGCAUCCAAAGAGCAACAAGACUGGGACCAAUUAUACCCUCUGUGCUGUCAACACUAAGGAGAGGUUAAAGGCAGCCGCGCAGUUCUUGGGGGACACUGAGGCAGAGUCUACUGACGAGGCGACAGUCAGCCCCAUGGUGAACCCAGAAGAACAGGAAAUUGUGAGAAAGAAAAUCCUUGACAGCCAGUAUAAAUGCUUCGAGAAAAUGAAUCGAGAUGCACCUUACAACAAAUCAGGGCUGCACUGCAGUCGGAACUGGGAUGGCUGGCUGUGCUGGGACGACACUCCGGUGGGAACGUACACGUCUCAAAACUGUCCCAAUUAUUUUGUCGACUUUGACCCAACAGAAAAGGCCACAAAGUACUGUGGAGAGAACGGGCAGUGGUUCCGCCACCCUGAUACCAACAGGACUUGGUCCAACUACACACUUUGCAACGAAAACACAAAAUCAAAGCUGAAGUCAGCGUACAUCCUGUUUUACAUGGCAAUUGUGGGUCACGCUUUAUCCAUUGCCUCCCUGCUCAUCUCUCUGGCCAUCUUCUUCUACUUCAGGAGUCUGAGCUGCCAAAGGAUCACUUUGCACAAGAACCUCUUCUGCUCCUAUGUGCUCAAUUCAGCCCUCACCAUCAUCUACCUCAUAGGAGUGGUUAAUAAUCCUGAAGUGGUGGCCAGAAACCCGGUUGGCUGUAAAGUGCUACACUUCUUCCACAUGUACAUGCUGGGCUGCAAUUAUUUCUGGAUGCUGUGUGAAGGCAUCUACCUGCACACGCUCAUCGUGGUGGCUGUGUUUGCAGAGGAGCAGCAUCUGCACUGGUACUACCUCCUGGGCUGGGGCUUUCCUCUAGUGCCUGCAUCCAUCCACGCCGUGGCAAGGAAAAAGUAUUUUGACGACAACUGUUGGAUGAGUGUAGAAACCCAUCUGCUCUACGCGGUCCACGGUCCUAUAGUGGCAGCGCUGCUUGUGAACCUCUUUUUCCUACUAAAUAUUAUAAGAGUGUUGGUGACCAAGUUGAGAGACACACACCGGGCAGAGUCCAACAUGUACAUGAAGGCAGUAAGAGCCACCCUCAUCCUGGUGCCUCUGCUGGGAAUACAGUUUGUCAUUUUCCCCUGGAGGCCAGAGAACCGCCUCGCUGGGGAGGUCUACGAGUACAUCAUGCACAUACUCAUGCAUUACCAGGGACUGCUGGUGGCAACAAUAUUCUGCUUCUUCAACGGAGAGGUGCAGUCAGCUCUAAAGAGACAGUGGAUGCAGUAUAAAACCCAGUGGGGUCAGAGACGAAAGGACCACUGCUCGAUGCGCUCCACGUCCUACACAGCCACCUCCAUCACCGAGGUACCCGCCUUCAUGUAUCACCAUGACUGUAACAGCGAACACUUAAACGGGCGCCACGCUGAGGACUCCGAACUGGUGGCGCUAAAAUCAGGAGAGACGUUUGCUUGAGCCACCGAGCCGCACGGAGGAUAACGAGAGUAGUCGUGGGAAUAGCAGAAGAAGAUCCUUUGAGAUGUACAGUAAGAAAUGCCAGCCAGAUCUCAGUGAUUCAAUCUCAGAGGCUGAUGCUGGUUUGUUCAGCCGGACAAUGAUACGGGUCCACAAAUAAAGAGCUCAUCAAGACGGAGAUGGAUUAGCUACAAGGCUGACACUUCAUUUUACUUUACAUUGCUGUUGCGGCUGCUUUCUGAAAACUUUGAUGUCAAGAACUUGUGGCAUGAAACAAGAGCUGCUUUUGACGUGUGUCACUUCCUAAAGCUGCUAAAACUGUGUGAGCGCGCUCACCGUGACGGUGGUGUGGAGAGGGAAGCAACUGUGAUGAAGGUGGUGGCGUUUCGAUGGCACUGAAUGUAUCAGUGAUGAUGAUGUUAGUUGUGACGGACUUGAGGUAGAGGUGGAUGAUGUUUUUGAUGGAGUUAUGAUGAUGAUUCUUAAGGUGAAGUAGAAGAACCAAUCCUUCCUAACGUCACCUAUACCAAAGGGUACUGUAUGUUGGUCACAGCUAUGAAGGGGUGUACCAUGUCCAGCUGAGCACAGAUGUGGUAUCCUGAAGCUAAAGACACACACACACACACACACACACACACACACACACACACACACGCAACAAACUUCACAAACCUGAUCGUAUGUGCCAUGAUAGAGGUCAGAUUUAAAAACGCCCUCUGUGCUUGAAGCUCUGGAAUUGUGUACAUAAUGUAUGUUCACCACGUUUCAUUUGAAAAAAAAAUUGUUCAAAUAUUUUAAAAGGAUUUUAUUUUUGUUUUCUAUUGAUAUUUUAUUCUUGCCAAUUCCUAAGUACGUGCUAAGUGUGUGUCCUGUGAUGCUGCACUCCCAACUGCUUUGUUGUUUUUUGCAGUUGCUGUAUUUGUGCCGAUGCCGAACAUCACAGGGCUAAAAAGCAAAAACAAGCUAAGUGCACAGAAAUAUAUAUAAAUAAAAACUUUAUUUUGAGGUUGAACAGCCACAAGAGUUGUUUCACUGAGUACGAGUCGAGUUUGCCAUCAGUUGUGCCAAUGAGUCUGCCAAACAAACUCUGCAGCGUGGAAGCUGCACUCUACGAUUUUACUCACAAUCAUCCUUUGUCACGCUCACGAUGCCUUUAAUCUAUUUUGUUUUUCUUGAAUAAGUGACAUUCAGUCCUCUGUGCAUAUUUAUUCAUGAAUUUUGUAGCAUUUGGUAUGAAUGAGAAUCCAGGGCAAAGGAAAGAGUCGACAAAUGUAUCUUUUAAAGGCAUGUUCACAUCCUGCUCACCAUCUUGAUCAGACACCAAACAUAAAUAAUGUACUUUUUGUCCUCAAUACACUCAUAUUACUCGAUUGUCAUUUUGUUGUUGCUUCGUCAUAGCUGUCUAGUAGGAUGUUAGAGGUUUAGAGUGAAGAGUCUUAAUGGUCAUUGUCAAACAAAAGACCACUUUGAAUUUGCUUCAGUCAUCACCAUUUUAAUAAUCAAAACUUGGAAUUCAGUGUCUUGAAAUGUAUCAAUAAAAGUUACUUAGAAGCCCAAUGAGCUUCUAAACUGCUUAUCUAUCAGCAGACAUUUAAAUUCAGCUGGGAAAAAAACAUUAAUCAUCCUAAAGCGUAUAGCCAAUAAAGCCCCUAGCUGGCUCAGACUGCUGUGAUUAGUUUGGUGCCUCUCAUUGUUUAUGUGCAAAAAGGUUGAAAAACUAAAUUCUUUGUAAAAGACAUGAAGAAGGAGCAUCUUUGAGUAUAAGGCUGGGGAAUUUCUAUAUUUAUUAUGUUAUUAAACCCCAUUAAAAGACAAAACCAACAAUGCAUUAGUGCGUCUCUCAGAACUUUCCAACCUCACAAUCCCGACUGUGGCUCUCACAGUCAAGCCCAUUAAUACCUAAAACGAUACCUAAAAUCUUUAAAAACAUUUUAAAACCCAAGUAGUUUUCUGAAACACUUGGGCACUGUAGUUCCUAGCCAACAUUACUAAAAUGGGGGGUAAAUAGUUCAUUUGUUGGGCACUAUUUUUAGCUGCGGAUUAAUGAGCAAACAGUCGCCUCUGUGUGUGGCUGCCAGUCGCUCCUCACAGGACACUGAUUGGUUUUUCCCAAUUAUGUGUUAUUGAUUGUUAUGGUACAACAAUGGAAGAUGAAGCUAUACCCAGAUACACAGACAAAACGUAAUUGUUGGUCUUUACCUUUUUAUAGGAUUUGCUCACAACAGAAUUUGAACAAAAAUAACUUUAGCCUUAUUUGGCUGAGAUGACAGCUUUAGUCCUAUACUCACAGACUCACUACAUUUUAUGGGUGCUACUUUGUUAUUAUCCGUUUCAUGUCUGGUCGUUAUAUA